AUGUCCAACCAAGCGGUCAAAUCCAGUUCAUCGGCUUCCAUUUGGAGCCCUCGAUCCUCCUUCAGAUUGGCAUGCCUCAAUGUACGCACACUGCUACAAAUCGGUCAACAGGCAGCACUUGUCCGAACAUUGCAGACCCUCUCGAUCGAUAUCUGCUGCUUCUCAGAGACUCGCCUGCAAGACUCGAGCACUGUGCUCACUCUGCGAUCCCCUUCAGGGGACGCAAACAGUAUUUUCUCCUUGCGCCUAUCCGGUGACGAUGCAGCUUCGAGCACCGGCCAAGCUGGUGUUGGCAUUGCUCUGAGUCCCCGAGCUGAAGCUGCUCUGGUUGAUUGGAUUCCAAUCAGUAGCCGGAUGUGUGCGGUCCGAUUGGCUGGCUCGAUUAAAGCUUCGAAGUCGCGCGUGACUAAUAGAUGUCUGUUCAUCAUCGCUGCCUAUGCGCCCACAAACUGUAGCGAUGAUUCGGUAAAGAACGACUUCUACCGCCAACUGACCCAGCUCCUUCGCCACAGAAGAAGCACGGACACUGUUGUGCUGGUGGGGGAUAUGAACGCACAAGUUGGAAAGUUGUCCACUGAUGAACUGCAUCUGGGCGGUCAACACGGUGUAGGCUCCCGUGAUGAUAACGGUGAGCGGUUACUUCAUUUGUGUGAAGAUGCUCGCUUAUUUCUUGCGAGCACUAAUUUCCGACACAGCACCCGCCGGAGGGUGACUUGGCGCCCACCAACCUCGAACCAGCCUUGCACUCAGAUCGAUCACAUUGCGAUAAGUUACCGCUGGAGAGGCUGCAUCCAGAAUUGUCGCUCGAUUUGGAGCACAUGUGUGGACACCGAUCAUGCACUUGUAUGUGCUGACAUGCGGAUGCGUUUUGGCGGACGCCCACGACGACGCUGUGAGCGCAUUGACAUCAGCCAACUGACAAAACCAGCUGUUCUGAAUGCGUAUCGAACAGGCAAAUCCUCAUGUGGUAUGUCUAAGAGACAACAUGGACAUUGGGUCUCUUCGCAGUCUCUGGAACUUAUCGACGCUCGCCGGCAUAUCCCGGCUGAAAGCGAGUACAAUGAAACUUGCAAAGAGCUCCGGGUAAAACUCCGCGCCAGCCUGAAGAGAAACCGCGAAUCUUGGUGGUCUCAUCGUGCGUCAGAGAUGGAAGUGGCCGCUGCCCUUGGCAAUCAUCGAAAGUUAUUCCGUCUGAUACGGGAAACGGGCAGCAGGAGACCUGGUGUUAGUGAAACUAUACGUGACGAGAGUGGACAGCCUAUCCACAAUUUGUCAAAACGUCUGGAGCGUUGGGCUGUGCAUCUUGAAAAGCAAUUUAAUCGGCAAGAAUUGUUCGAUUCGCCGGUCACUGAUCGCCCCGCUCCGUGGGCUGUCCCUUUGGAUCCACCCUCUCGCUCAGAAGUCGAACGUGAGAUCGGACUGUUGAAGUUGAACAAAGCCGCGGGACCAGAGGAUCUUCCUCCAGCCCUCUACAAAUUUGGAGGCUCUGCUCAUGUUGAUGCUUUGCAUGAAUUACUAGUGAAGCUGUGGGAGCAGGAAACUGUCCCAACCGACUGGAGCCGCUCCGUUAUUGUUCCCAGCUUCAAAGACGGCUCGCGCUCGGAAUGCGGCAACCAUCGAUGA